AUGGCAACAACAUUAACCGGUGGAAACCCACACAUCAUUCAACUACCCAAAACGCCCAAAACUCCCUCCGACGUAUCCCCCGACCCGCAAAUCAUCGCCCAGCAAUGGCUUUUGGCUCUCGAAGCUCAAAUCUCUCGUCUCGAAAAUUUGAACAUCAAGGAGCUAUUCCACGCUGAGUCCUGGUGGCGCGACAUGCUGGCGCUAGACUGGGACAUACGCACCGUACGCUCAGCCGCCGAGAUUCAAAACUUCCUGAGCAAGCAACAACCCAGGGCAAAAUUGUCCGAAUUUCGGCUCCAGGGUAUGGGCAAGUUUCAGCCACGUCUGGAGCAGGUCGUCGACGGGUUGAGCUGGGUAUCUUCCAUGUUCUUCUUCGAGACUGCCGUUGGUACUGGAACGGGUAUGUUGCGUCUAACCCAGGCAGAGGAUGGAGUUUGGAAGGCCUAUGCUAUGAGCUCGGCUCGGCUCAGGAGCCGCUCGGGAAGCGUCGUGCUGAGGGGGACGACAGCGUCGAUGCCUGGUGGUACGGCUGGGGGCACAUGGAUCGAGCGCAGGAAUCGACAGAAGGAGUUUUUCAAUGAGGAGCCCGCUACUUUAAUUGUCGGGGCUGGCCAAGCUGGAUUGAAUAUAGGUGCGCGUUUGCAGAGCCUCGGCGUGUCGUGCUUAAUUGUCGACAAGAACGAGCACGUUGGAGAUAAUUGGCGUAACCGGUACCGGACACUUGUUACGCACGAUCCAGCCGAAUUCACACACAUGGCCUAUCUGCCCUUCCCGCAGAACUGGCCACAGUUUACACCGAAAGACAAGCUGGGUGACUGGUUUGAAGCAUACGCCAGCAUUAUGGAGUUGAAUAUCUGGAUGCAAACCUCAAUCGUCUCAGCAGAGUACGACGAAGCUGUAGGCCAGUGGACGGUUGUCCUCGCUCGCAGCGAUGGGUCCCAACGCACCCUCCGACCUCGUCACCUUGUAUGGUGUACAGGACAUUCAGGCGAGGCAAAGGUUCCCUCCUUCCCGGGACAAAACUCUUUCCAGGGUAAUGUGUACCACGCUAGCCAGCACCGCGAUGCUUCGGAAAGUGAUGUACGUGGCAAGAAGGUUAUUGUCGUCGGGACUGGUAACAGCGGUCAUGAUAUCGCGCAGAACUUUUAUGAGAACGGCGCAGAUGUCACUAUGCUACAGCGCAGCGGGAUAUAUGUUAUAAAUGCCGACAAGGGUGUCUUCAUGAUGCACAGUGGAAUGCAUGAGGAUGGCGGGCCACCGACCGAAGAAUGUGACAUCGUCUGUGAGAGUCUCCCCUGGCCUGUUCAAUUUGCUUUGAGUGUACAUAUGACGAAGCAAAUUGCCGACGCCGAAAAGGAGACCCUAGAUGGACUCCGUCGGGCUGGCUUUGAACUUGAUUUCGGGAUAGAUGGCGCUGGCAUUUCACGUGCAUACUUUACCCGCGGUGGAGGUUAUUAUAUAGACGUCGGGUGCAGUCAGCUUAUCAUCGAUGGUAAAAUCAAGGUCAAUCACAAUCCGGGCGGUAUCACUGGCUUUGGAAAUCACGAGCUGCUUUUGGCGAACGGUGAUUCCCUGCCAGCAGAUGUUGUUGUCCUUGCCACCGGAUACGAUAAUAUGCGCACGACAGUGAGGAAAGUCUUGGGUGACAAGGUCGCGGAUCGGUGUUCCGAUGUUUGGGAUCUGGAUUCAGAGGGAGAGCUUCGAGCUAUGUGGCGCCCCAGUGGUCAUCCGGGAUUCUGGUACUUCGGCGGAAACCUCGCCUUAUGUCGGAUCUACUCUAAGUUUCUGGCACUCCAAAUCAAGGCCGUCGAGUCUGGAAUAUCAAACGGUGUACGACAGUAG